UUUUUUUUUUUCUCCAUUUCAUCCUUUAAUGGGAAACAUUUACGAUAUUUGUACAUACAUACAAGCAACGGACCUCAUUUGUCUUUAUGUUCAAAUAAAACUAUUACAAGGGUGGAAGUAUGAAGUUAGUAAAUUAUGGCGAGUCAAAGAAAAUGGCAACUUGUACCAUAAACUUGAUAAAGAUUAUGCAGUAAUGAGUAUUAUUUAUUAACACUGGUGAAUCAUAAAAUAUAUUUAAUGCAGAAUGAUGCUUUAGAGAAUAGUGUGUGUAUUUAGACAUGGAAGAGGGUUUGUGUAUAAAAGAGUCUGUUAUUACUACUAAGACUUUAAAAUAUUUUUUUAACCUUCAGUCUAGUGUUCCAGGUUUAGGUUAAGUUGGCAUGGAAACUUUGGGGUCAAUUAUUUUAGACAGUUUCUCCUGCAAGCUUAUUGAUAUUGAAAAGUAAUGCAUAACAUUUUUGCUAAGUAAUGUAGUGGAAUAGCAUGAUUCAUUUCUUAUAGAAUAAGAAGCAAAAACAUGCUUUGGUAUAGCAGUAGAUUUUAGACAGCCAUAGACUGUACCUGCAAGAAUGCUUAACAUUGGUUGAGGUCUGUUUCUUUCUUUAUUUCAGGUGCUAUCAUGCUAGUCUGAGGUGAUUGUGGGUGGUGGUGGUGGUGGCAGACCUAAUUUCCUUCAACACUAACACUCCCUUCUCAAACUUCUUCCUACUGACAACUGUCACCUCUCAUUUCUAGAUCUUUACCCACUCUUGUUUGCUCCAAGAACCUUGCAUACCUUCAUCAUGCAGGUGAAACAAAGUCUUAGGAAGAAAGGGAAGUCAGAGACUCCUGUGGUUCCCAAGAAGAGUGCGCAGAAAUCCACCAAGAAAGAGUCUCCUAACAAGAAGAAAGCUUCGGAGCCUGAGAGCGUAACGGACGUUGCUGACGACACCAGUACUAUUUCAGCUAACAUCAAUGCUAAAAAGAGAAAAGUCAAGGAAGAGCCUAAGACGUACAACGCUUCGAAAAAACCAAGAGUGGAGAAGGCUACCGAGAAGCAAACCCCAGAAAAGAAGAAAAGUGAAUCAAAGCCCAUCAUUACUGCCAAUAAUGCAGAAAAGAAUGGAAUUUCUCCACACCCAAAAAGACCAAAGAGACAAGUAAAAACAGCAAAAGGUAAGGCAGAGAAAUCUCCCAAAAACACAAAACAAUCAGACAAACUUCAAGAAAAAGGCGACAAAGGCUCAGCAGUCUCUUCUCAAGAUUUCUCUGACAAAGAAAACUCUGCAAAUUUGAUCAAACAUGCUGAUCUAUCAAACGAAGAUGAUGAAGGCAGCGAAACUGAAGAUGACCUUGACCCACUGUCUGAAAAUGAUUUGGAUGUUGAUGUAGAGGACACAGAUGAUUCUGCUUUACCAGAUAAAGAUGCCAAGGAUCCUGCUGAAGAUCACAUUGCAUACUUGGAAGAAUUUGAAUUAGACAAGAACAACAAACCCAAAAGAUUUAAAUGUACUAUAUGUGGUAAAUGCUCUAGUGCCAAAUCUGACCUAAUCAAACAUAUCCGAAUCCAUACGGGGGAUAGGCCGUAUAAAUGUAAGAUUUGUAACGCUAGUUUUAUCCAAGUAACAGCUUUCCAUGGGCACAUUACCAUCCAUACAGGAGAAAAACCAUUUAAGUGUGAUCUCUGUAGAAAAUCAUUUGCUAUAAAAGAUCGGCUCAGGCUCCACAUGAGAAUUCAUACUGGAGAAAAGCCCCAUAAGUGUAGUCAGUGCAACUUGACCUUCGCUCGUCGCAGCCAAGUGACACAGCAUCAACGGGUCCACACGGGUAAAAAGGACUAUCAGUGCACGGAAUGCAAUGCUCGCUUUGCUUCGUAUCACACGCUCAAAGGCCAUGUGAUGGCACAUCGUGGCGUCAAGGAAUUCCAGUGUGGAGCGUGUGGUAAGAAGUUUAUCCGCGUGGAAGGAAUGUACAAGCACAUCCGCACAGUGCACCGUGGGUCUAGGCCUUAUACUUGUGAGAUCUGUGGAAAAGCAUUCAAAGGACAUUUAAGACAACAUAUGAGAUUGCAUUUAGGUAUGAGACCUUAUCAGUGUUCUACUUGUGGUUCCUCCUUCACACAAAAUUCACAGCUGACUGUCCACAUGAGAAUUCACACUGGAGAACGCCCCUACAAGUGUCAAAUCUGCGGAGCGGCAUUCGCUCAUUCUUCUGCCUGUAAGAUUCAUAUGCGGUCUCACACGGGAGAAAAACCAUUUUCCUGUAUACUCUGCUCUGCUGCAUUUGCACAGCUUCCUCACCUCAAGAAACAUAUGAAAUGUGUUCACAAUGCUACAAAACCCUACCUCUGCAAGCUAUGCAAAGAAUACUUCCAGACACAGAGCGAGUUAGAGGCACACAAUCGCGAUGCACACGGCAUAGCAAAAACUGCAGAGGAAGAAGCCGAGGAGAUUGUGGAAGAGGCAUCCCUAGCUCGGCUCAGAAAUCGACUGGCCGUGCUGCUCUACCGCAUAUCCUCUGAGGAGCGUCGCUGCAAGUUUGGCUUCGGGUCCCUCCUUGUGGAUGAAGUUCUGAAAUUGUCGCUUCAGUCCUCCGGCCACGAACCUUUCGAGGACCCUUCAUUGUCACGUCUGGAUGAACUGCGGAAAAAUGUGUUAUUACUUUUGCAGUGGACCAUACCAAAAGAUACCAUGGAAGAAUAUCAUAAAAACAACAUGACAGUCGAUGAAGUUCUUGAUAUGUUAACUACUUAAUAGUGUCAAAUUUAGGUUUUGUGUAUUUUAGUUUUUUAUCUCGGUGUGAUGGAAAGUGAGAAAGGAAAACUGAAAGUUUUAUUACAAAAUUCCGUAGCAAAGCUUUAUUCAAUCUGGCUUUCAUAUAGUCUGUGUAAGUAUGUGAUUCAGGGAAGCCAUUUUAUGUGCAAUUUCGCCUUACACAUUUGCAUCGGCACCUUGGAAAAUCAAAAAAGAACUAAAGUCAAAUAAUUUGACAUGAAUGAUCGUAGUUCAUGUCUGUGUAGGCUAUUUAUUUAUUCAAAGUUAUUCAUUUGUAUAAAUCAGGUUUUGUGUUGUAUAGUAGUAAGGAGUUAUAUUUAAAUAUGCAGUAUAAAAUGUAUAUUAUUAUUUAUUACUCAAUCCAUGAAUUCAUUGUGGCCAUAUCAGAGAUCAGCAAAUCCUUCCUGUCUAGUCGAGUUUGUAUGGGAAUGCUGGCUCUCUUUAUUAAUAGUUUUAUGACUGUUCUCGGACCAAAUUCUUUCUGUUUGAGUCAGACAACAUAAAAAAUUAACGGCAGUUUUGUGUAUCAACAAAUUUGUGAAUAUAGUAUUUCAUAUGGAAAGAAUUUUGUCCUAAACGUAAUAUUAUAAGCAUAUAACUGUGUUCUGAACCGUAUCAUCGUGUUCUUUGUCAAUUUGUCUAGUCCAUUUGGUGCCAAUAUGAAUUCCCACCGAAAGUUUAUCGUGUGAAUUGAGGAUUUAUUUGUUUUCUUUUCAGGUGUUAAUGAAACUAUAAUGUUAUCCAGACUGUCGUGAUCUGAAUGUGCUGUUAUGUCAUUCUGUUCCUCCCCCACUGUCCUAGUCAGAUGUGGUGCUUACGAUUGCAAACUGUCGUCUAAGGUUAAGAGAUGCAACAGGUUACACAUUACAGGUAUCGCUCAAAGAUUUCAGCAAUUAAACAGAAAAAAUAUUUGUACUACGUAUUUCUUAAUGAACUGAAAGAAGGUACAUAAAGUCUUGCCACUUGAUAGAUACUACUGUAAUUAGGGAAUUUUGUAUUCAUGUAAAAUAAUUGUAUUCAUCAAUUCAUCAAUGAGAAAACACAAAUUUGUCAACUUGAUGAUCAUAUACUGAAGCAUUCCUGGAAGGUCACUUUUUAGUGUUUAAUCUAUCCAUCUGCACUACCAAAGAGUCUUACAUUGUUAUCAUCAUUCUAAUGAUGGAUCAAUCAUCAGAGACCACAUUUCAAGAGUAAAUGAGCAUGUGCCAUAUUUUAAUUACCCUCUGUAAUUACUCCUUGAUGAUAAAAAUACUUUUUAUCAUCAAGGGCUCACUGUUGUACCUCAAGACCUUAGUGUCAACACUGUAGUUUUAGACUUCAAGAUGUCUCUCUCUCUUUCUCUGUAAGAUUUCAAGUUCUCCCUCAAAUAUGUUAACUGAAGUAAUCCUUUUGUAUAUUAUUUCCUUCAGUAGCGCGUAGUACUCACUUAGACCUACUCUCUGUGCAUGUUCUGAAACACUGGGUCUGGUUUUUGGGGAAUCUGUCUUUUUCCAUUUCCUUUUAUUUUAUAAAGUUUAUUUUAAUGUAUAUCUAAUUCAUUUAUACUUUGCUUGAACUGUUUAGAGGUGGUGGGUAACUCCAGUGGUAUAUUUGGUACUGGUUCAUAACACAGGUAUAUUGUAGUUUUGCUUGACUGAGUAGGCCUAUAUUUGCUUCUAAUCUCUCUCUCUCCAGAUGCUGGUCUUAUAAUUAUAUUAUUUUCUUACUCCGGUUGCAUCUGAUUUUGGGAGUUCAUUUACUGCGUUCACCUAUACUGGUGAAAACUGAGUUCCUUUUUCCUGCGGAUUUUCAUAGUUUUUCUUCUGUUUUUUAUUAGGAGUGAUGUUAGAAGCUCGUGAAAUUCCUUGAAUUUUUUUUUAUAAAUACAUCACGUAAAUGAAUAUCUGAUAGCAUAUAUGUAGGUGCAAAUGUUUUCCAUCAUGAAAUGCUUUUGCUAAUGGAUGAAACUCAUUUUUCGCCAUUAAUAUUGUCUGACGUAGAAUAAUUUUGUACUUUGUGAAACAUAACACAUACUUCUUGAAAGUCAGGCAAUGUGUGAAAUACUCUACUGUAAGCGUAAAAUACUAGUUGAUUGACUGUGUGCUUUUUAAAGCUGAAUGUCUAUAAUAUUGUGUGUGUGUUGUAUGUAUGUAUGUGUACGUAUGUCGCUGCUUGCGUAAUCGUGCUUAUCUCAUGUCACUUAUCUUGUUCAAGAUAAAGGGUAAUUGUUUGUACUCAUGGAUGUCUACUUAACUUGUGAGAAACUGUGUUAGAUUUUAUUACUACCGAAAAAAUCAGAAAUUGCUUA